UUCAUUGUUAUUUGAAAAACAUUUGAUAUAAAAAUUUUUUAAUAAAAUAUAACUGAACUGCGAUACGUUUAACGUCUUCAGAGAUAUAUGUAUGCUGUGUUUGCCGCGUGUGUGUCGAAAAAUUCAUAUGCCAUAUAAAUCUGGAAGGAAAUUGUAUAUAUUUAAAUAUAUCGUAUGAUAUAAAACAAAGUUGAAGGCUUCACAAAUUGUACUUUAUUAGAUUACAAAACUCACGAGUGGAAAGAUAUGUAAUAAACCUGAAUUGAGAUAAUCCAUAUCUCAACAAAAUCUAUUAUAAAAAAUUGUCACGAUGAUAAAACAGGUUUCGCAAUGUCUUUUUUUUCAUUCAAAAUGUCACGGUAAGAAUGAUGAGUGUCCCCACUCACGUAUUCCACGUACCUCGUUGUACCUCGCACAAUGCCUCGUCGCUGAUUUUCAGUAGUUCAUCGAGUGUCUUAUCAUUACGUAGUCUUGCACGUAGUUAUAGGAAACAAUAUCUCAGUGUUUCUACAGUGCGCACAUAUGUUUUCGCCUGUCAUCGAAAAUCUUUUUCUUCGUUAAGCGAUCGAAUCUAUUUUUUUUUUCGUUAAGCGAUGCAAUUGAAAUAUUUAUCGAAUAUGAAGCCUUAAUUAAUGCGCAGAUAAAUGCCCGAUUCAUCGAUAUUAAAAUUGAUAAUUAUAUUUAUGUAAAAAAAUUUCAUCAGUUUUUCUAAAAGCGACUGAAUGGAUAUCAAUUUAAAACAAUUUUGGACAAUUUUGGAUUUUAAUCGAACAGCUCUUUAUAUAAUAUGUUUAUGACAAGAGCCCGAGUUUUGUGUGUGAGUGUUUAGUGCAAACUUACAUCAGAAAAUUACGGCCAAAGUUUUACAAGGCGUCCUGUUAUCAAUGUUAUCUGUUGAUCAAACUUCAAUGAGAUUACGAGGUGUAUGAGAAUUAUUAUUCUUUGCGCGUAUCGAAAAGUACAUUCUUCCGUUCUUCUUUUGAGUCAGUACUGUAGGAAGAACGACAAAAGGAAGAUAUAUGUAUAUGCCUACGUAUAAUUUAAUUAUAAAGUGAGGUGGAAAGAAGUGGGCAUGUCUGGAAGAGCGAAUCAAGCGUUUGAAGACAAUCAGUUAGACGUGAUAGAGGAAGGUCGUCGGAAAAGCGAACCUAUCGCAUAUCAGGAUGCCAAUUUUUAUCAUAAACUAACAAAAUCUCGGACCGUCAACGCGAUCAAUGCUUAUCUUUCAAAACACCGAAAGAUUUUAAAAAUUGUUGGCAUAAUAAUUUUAAAUCUUUUAUUCAUAAGUUAUAUAGUUUUCGCUAGUAUACAUUGGAAAAAGGAACAAAAGGAUUAUAAUGAUUUUCAAUGGUGUAACGGAAAUGGUAUGCUACUUAUACUCGCGGGUCUUACUUAUCUUGGCGUAUUCUAUUUUUUAAUAGUAAAACCAUAUUUCGGGAAAUACAUCAUACGAUGCUGUCGACCAGCAACGAAAUCCUUGGAACGUUUACAAACUACCAAAUAUGGGACGUGCAUCGGAGUGACAAUUAUUUAUUUAGUUGUAUUAAUAGUCAUAAUUGCUUUUCUUAUCGUCGAUACCGCAGAUUCGAGAUACAGACUAAUCAGUAUUCUUUGCAUUAUCGUCAUACUAGGAUUUGGUUGGCUAUUCUCUAAACAUCCGGGACAGGUUAACUGGAGACCUGUUAUUUGUGGCCUGAUUUUACAAUUUGUAUUUGGAAUUAUUACGCUUCGGUGGCCCGUUGGUCGCAAUAUUUUCGAAUGUUUGUCUGGUAAAGUGGUCACUUUCUUGGAUUAUGCUAAAGUUGGCUCCAGCUUUGUAUUUUCGGCAGAUCUAGUCGACAAAGGAGUCUUUGCUUUCGCUGUACUGCCCGUGAUCUUUUUCUUCAGCUUCACGGUGCAGAUUUUGUGCUACCUUGGUAUAAUGCAAUGGAUUAUUAUGAAAUUAGGAUGGAUUUUACAAACCAUAAUGGGUACAACGCUCUGUGAAUCAUUAUGUGCUGCUGCCAAUCCUUUUAUUGGAAUGUCCGAAUCUCCUCUUAUGAUCAAACCAUACAUCAAACAAUUGACUUCUUCGGAGUUGCAUGCUGUAUUAAGUUCAGGAUUUUCCACAGUUUCUGGCACGGUAUUUGCUGCUUACAUAUCGUUUGGUGCUAAACCAGCUCAUUUAAUAACCUCUUCGAUAAUGUCUGCACCAACUUCCUUAGCCUAUUCCAAACUUUUUUAUCCAGAAACUGAGCAAAGUUCCACGAAGUCUGACAACAUCAAGCUUGAAAAAUCAUCAGACACCAGUAUUUUAGACGCCGCUACGAAUGGCGCAUUAGCCGCAAUCCCGAUUAUUUUAGGUAUAAUCGCAAAUAUUGUGGCUUUUGUAUCUUUCAUUGCAUUUGUAAAUGGAAUACUCUCCUGGUUUGGCGGCCUGGUCGGUUACGAUCAACUGAGUCUAGAGAUCAUAUUGGCAAAAGUUUUCAUGCCUCUAAGUUGGCUCAUGGGCGUUCCUUGGAAUCAUUGCGAGGAUGUGGGAACGUUGAUAGGUUUGAAGACAGUGGUCAAUGAAUUAGUCGCUUAUCAAAAGAUGGGCGAAUUCAAAGAGCAGGGCCGACUAUUCGGAAGGUCGGAAGCGAUAGCUACAUUUGCGAUCUGCGGUUUCGCGAAUCCGAGCUCGAUUGGUAUCCAGAUCGGUGUCUUUUCAUCUUUAGCGCCAGAAAAGAAAAAAGAAGUAACGGAAUGCAUUCUGCGAGCAUUUAUUACUGGUAGCGCCGUCUGUUUUCUCACCGCUAGCAUUGCCGGUAUGCUGCUCGAUGACGAUUCAUUAUUAUCCACAACGGCAGCGUUAAACGUCACUUCAGAAAAAACAAUUUCAAUAAAUAUAAUUUAAAAUAUUGUAGAAUUAAAAAAUUAUAUUAUACAUAUUUGAGAUUCAAAUUUCAAUUCUCAUCUUUGACAAAAAAUGCAAUAGUACAUAAAGAACUGCUCUUGUUAAAUAGCAGGUGAUAUUGUAAAGAGGUAAAUAAAUUUUAUUACAUUA